AUGGAUUCACAGACCAUACGAUAUCUAGCACAUCUUGAAGCUGAGGAUGAACAAAGAGAAACUGAUGAGAUCAUUGAGGAGAGUGAAGCAGAAAAUCAAGAAGCAGCAGAAAGUGAGACUAGAACUCAAUCAACUCAACCGACUCUCACGGUAUUUCAAUCUAACAAACGCUUAAAGGCUGAUGUUUGGAAAGAGUAUAUACCAGUAGGUGAUAGGGAAGAUGGAAAGAAAAUGGGUCGUUGCAUGCAUUGCCAGAAGAAAUUCUGUAUAGAGAUUAGUCAAGGAACAUCUGCUGUUACACGUCAUUUAGAAGUUUGUCCAAUGAGAGGUGAAAAGAGUGAAGUUGCUAGGAAGUAUGAUCCAAAGGUAGAUCGUGAUAUGAUUAAUGAAAUUAUAAUCUAUCAUGAUCUGCCUUUCAAGUAUGUGGAAUAUGAGAAAGUAAGAGCUAGGGACAUAUACUUGAAUCCGGAUUGUCACCAUAUCUGUAGACAGACAGCUGGGGCAGAUGUUCUUAAGAGAUUUGAGCUGGAAAAGGUUAAGUUGAGAAAGAUUUUUGCUAAUCACAAAGGUAGAGUGUGUUUUACAUCUGAUAUGUGGUCAGCUAGAACAACAAUGAGGAGUUAUAUCUGCUUGACUGCUCACUUCGUUGAUGAUAGCUGGAGAUUGCACAACAAAAUUUUAGCUUUCUGUGAGUUUGAAGCUCCACAUACUGGUGAGGAAAUAGCUACAAAAGUUUUGGAUUGUUUGAAGGAGUGGGGUUUAGAGCAGAAAGUUUUCUCGUUCACCCUGGAUAAUGCUACCAGUAAUACUAGCAUGCUUGGUAUUCUUAAGAAUCGUCUUACAUUGGCUAAUAGAUUGCCCUGCGAUGGAAAGUUUUUACAUGUGAGAUGCUCUGCUCAUAUAUUGAAUCUUAUAGUGAAGGAAGGAUUGCUUCUGAUUGGUGAUCUUUUGGAGAAUAUCAGAAACAGUGUAAAGUUUGUGAAAGCAUCUGGAGCAAGGAUAGAUUCGUUUGCAGCUUAUAGUAAGAGUUUAAAGAUAGAUAUGAAGGCUGGGUUGUCUUUAGAUGUUCCUACUCGCUGGAAUUCAACAUAUCUUAUGCUUGCCAGAGCUUUAAAGUAUCGUAAGGCAUUUAUAAGUGUGCAACUGUGUGAUAGGAACUACAAGACACUUCCUUCAGAGGCUGAAUGGGAGCGUGGAGAGAAGAUCCGUGAUCUGUUGAAACCUUUUAACACCAUCACCACUUACUUUUCAGGCGUGAAGUAUCCUACAGCCAAUAUUUACUUCAUGCAGGUGUGGAAGAUAGAAUUGCUGCUAAAGAAAUUUUCAGUUUGUGAUGAUAUUGAUGUGAGGUUAAUGGCUUUGAAGAUGAAAAACAAGUUUGCUAAGUAUUGGGAUGAAUAUAGUGUCGUUUUAGCAAUGGCAGCUGUCUUAGAUCCAAGGUUCAAGACUCAAAUACUCCAACAAGCUUAUGACAAACUGGAUCCGAGUACUUCUGCGAAAAAAGUUGAGCUGGUUAAGAAAAACUUGAAGUUGCUUUAUGAAGAAUAUAAGACCAAGCCUUGGACUUCUUCAACCAGUUCAACAACACUAACUCCACUGGAACUUCUUACUGAGUCACCUUUAGAAGACGAUCUAGAUCUUGACUUCUUUGAACUUGAGAGAAGUGCAAAUCUUGAUUCAAACAUGACAAAGUCGAGUUUGGACCUGUAUUUGGAAGAGCCUAGGCUAGAGUUUGGAGCUUUUGCAGACAUAGAAGUCCUAACAUAUUGGAAGAACAGCGGGAAUCGUCAUGGUGAUCUUACUGCCCUUGCUUCUGAUUUGCUGAGUAUUCCUAUAACCACAGUCGCAGCAGAAUCGGCUUUCAGUGUGGGAGGUAGGGUUUUGAACCCGUACAGGAGCCGUCUCCUUCCCGCAACGGUUCAGGCGUUGCUUUGUACCCGGAACUGGUUAAGGGGAUUUGCAGAUUUUGAUGGUGACAUUGAUGAUUACUUUGAUGAAGAAAAAGAGGGUUCUACAAAUGUUGCAAGCAGCUCAAGUGUGUGA